AUGAGGACCCCGAGCUCCCUCCCGCUGCACCCUGCAAAAGGACAGCCCAGGGCGCUACACUGGGGGGAAACUGAGGCAGGGCUGGCGCCCUCCUCGAGAGGAGCAGAGCCCCCCCCGGACCCGACCCCUCCUCUGCACCCCCAGCCUCUGCACGAUGCCCCCAUCACCGCAGCCUCGCCAGAGGGGGCGGCCCCCAUCGCCCCCCCCGCACCGCAGCGCGCCCCUUCUCCCGCAGCGUGUGCAGCCCCCGCGCCCCCGGGACCCCCGAAUUCACCGCUCCCCCCCUUUAGCACCCCCCCAAGGCAGCGCGCCCCCAAACCUCCGCCUCUCCCCACCCCGCACUGCGCCGCCCCCCCCUUGCGCAUCGCCCCCCGCCCCCGGCCGCCGCACCGCACCGCAUCUCCCCCCGCCCCCGGUACGACCCCCUGCCCGCCGGGGCUCCGCGCCCCCGCCGCACCGGGCACCGCGGAACGCGCUGCAGCCCCCCCGGCACCGGUGCGGUGCCGACCCCCCCCGGGUCCCCCCGCACGCCCCACGGCGAUGCCCGCGCCCCGCACCCCCGAGCGGUGCGGCCCCCCGCACCUGGUGCCGGUGCCGGUUCCGCCCCCGCCGCCGCUGACUCUGCACCGCUCCCGCCGCCGGAAGCGGAGGCCCCGAUCGCGCCGAUCUCGCGAGAGCGCCCGGUGCCCCCCCCGCCGCCCCGCACCGCUUCCCGCAACCCCCCCCGGGACCGGGGGCGCGCGCGGGGAGCGGGGGGCGCGGGAGCCACGAGGCGUUACCAUGGCAACGGCUGCAGCAGAGCGGGGGGGCGCUGUCAGGGGGUGUCCCCGUGUGUCGUCCCCCCCCGCCCCCGCCAUCAGCCCGUUCCGGGGACACCGGGACCCGCACCGGGGGCACACAGCCUCGGCCGAACGGGGGCUGCACCGGCGGGGCGGGAUACGGGCAGAGCGGAGUCCCGGGUAUUCCCCCCUGCCGCUGAGCACCCCCGCACGGCGCCGGUACCGGCGGUACCGAGGCGCCCCGGUGCUCGCAGGGCAGGGCAGGGGCCGGGACGGGGCGCUGGGGACCCGCGGGUGUUUCCCGUGUCCGUCUGUCCCCGUUGUCCGCCUGUCCGUCCCUACUCGGUGCCACGGGACGGGACGGAUGCCCCCCGCUCCCAGGCAGGGGCGGCGGCGCAGCCUCGACAGCCGCGUCCCCGGGGACUGCCCGUCCCGGAAAGCCGAUGGUCCCAGCACGGUGUCCCCGGGCUUCCCCGGGACUGUGGUCCCCGUGCGCCCUGGCUUGUCACGGAACUCUGCCUCCCCCGUGCUCCUGGGACUGUCCCGGGAGAUCCCGUCACUCCUGCCCCUGUGCAACCCGGGCUGUCCCGGGACAUCCCGGGCUAUCCCCGCUCCCUUCGAGCGCCCCGAGCCAUCCGGGGCCGUCCCAGGUUAUCCCGGGACCUCCUUGCACCGGGAGCUGUGGCGGGGCCGUGCCGGGCUCCCCCCGCCGGUGCCGGUGCCGGUAGAACGUGUGCGCGGGGCUGCGGGGAAGGCGGGGGGCGGCUCUGGGCACGGGGCCGGGGCGCAGCCACCCGCCGGGCUAAUCCGGGCCGUGACGGACAGCCCCGGCGCCGCCGCUCCCGCCGCCCCGUAA